CUAUUAUCAACGUUACGGUAGGGAGACGUAUGACGUGGGGACACACCUUCGCCUUGGAAGGACACCAAGCAACUAAAGGACAGACGGGGCCCGGUCAGACCGGCCGGCAGCUGGUUUGGUGCAUGGAGUCGUGAGCGUGUCUCUUUCUGCUGAGCACCCAGCCUCGCACCGAGGAUCCCGAGGGCAUCUACCACGUCCCAAGUGCCACUGUAUGUUUCCGCAGAGAAGGCGCCCUUGGACGAUGACCCUUUAAGAAAAAAGAGGGGGGAAAAAAGGACUCCAGCAUGUCGAGUAUUCAGAGAGAGCCUGGCUCUGCAAGCUCAGCAGAGGCCAAGAAAACAGAGGUCAGGGUGAAUGAGAAGAAAUGCUCAUGGGCUUCUUACAUGACAAAUUCUCCAACAAUGAUCGUAAUGAUUGGCCUGCCUGCCAGAGGGAAGACUUACAUGUCCAAGAAACUGACCCGUUACCUCAACUGGAUUGGAGUGCCGACCAAAGUUUUUAACUUGGGUGUGUACCGAAGAGAAUAUGUCCGCGCUUACAAGUCCUAUGAUUUCUUCCGCCACGACAACGAGGAAGCCAUGAAAAUAAGGAAACAGUGUGCUCUGGUGGCUCUGCGGGACGUAAAGGCAUAUCUGACUGAAGAAGGAGGGCAAAUCGCUGUGUUUGAUGCGACGAACACAACAAGAGAGAGGCGAGACCUCAUACUGGCUUUUGUGAAAGAGAAUGCAUUCAAGGUGUUCUUUGUGGAGUCCGUGUGUGAUGACCCGGAGGUCAUUGCUGCUAAUAUUCUGGAAGUAAAAGUAUCGAGUCCAGACUACCCAGAGAGACACAGGGAAAGAGUGAUGGAUGACUUCCUCAAACGAAUAGAAUGCUACAAGGUUACAUACCAACCUUUAGAUCCUGACGAAUAUGACAAGGACCUGUCCUUUAUCAAAGUGAUGAAUGUAGGCCGGCGCUUUCUGGUGAACCGGGUGCAGGACUAUAUCCAGAGUAAGAUAGUCUACUACCUGAUGAACAUUCAUGUGCACUCUCACUCCAUCUACCUGUGUCGGCACGGAGAGAGCAACCACAACAUCGAGGGCCGCAUCGGCGGUGACUCAGAACUUUCUCCUCGGGGGAAACAGUAUGCCCAUGCUCUGAGUGAUUUCAUUGAGGAGCAUAAACUAUCCAACUUGAAGGUGUGGACGAGCCAACUGAGAAGGACCAUCCAGACAGCAGAGGAGCUUGGAGUGCCCUAUGAGCAGUGGAAAAUACUCAACGAGAUCGAUGCUGGUGUGUGUGAAGAGAUGACCUAUGAGAUGAUUCAGAACUCAUUUCCGGAAGAGUUUGCUUUACGAGACCAGGACAAAUACCACUAUCGGUACCCAGGAGGAGAGUCCUACCAGGAUCUGGUUCAGCGGUUGGAGCCAGUUAUCAUGGAGCUGGAAAGACAUGGCAACGUGCUGGUCAUUUGUCAUCAGGCAGUCAUGCGUUGUCUGUUAGCUUACUUCCUGGACAAAAGUGCAGAUGAUCUACCAUAUAUGAAAUGUCCUCUUCAUACAGUGUUGAAGCUCACCCCUGUUGCAUAUGGCUGUAAAGUGGAAAUGUUUUAUCUUAAUGUGGAGGCAGUGAACACACAUUGCGAUCGGCCAAUUGGUAAAGUGCCAAGGGACGCUGCUCCCAUACUCCGGCGGAAUAGUUACACUCCCUUGUCCAGUCACGACCAGGUCAAGCGUCCUAGGCUCUACAGCGCCGGCAACCGGCCCUGGCUUCCCCUUGCCCCUACCCCAUCGGCUCUGAUGCCAGAGGGACAGCAAAGCCAACCCCGGAUAGGAAGCGGCUGUCUGAGUCCCUGUUUGAAGGGGUCGACUAUGACAGCCCUGAAGAAACCAGUGACCGUGUCCACUUCUGAGUAUCCAGAUGUUGGCCUCCUUCCUCGUGUAUGA